GCGCGCGGCCGGCCGGCUCCUGGGGCUCGCACAGCAGCUCGUCGUCGGGCUACGGCGCCGCCACCGACGAGGUGACCAGCAGCGAGAGCGAGCUGCCGGCUGACGGCAGCAGCGGCGGCGAGCCGGCCGAGCUCAGCCAGGUCAUACCGCGCAUCAUCAAGCCCCGCAAGCGGCGCAAGAAGGAGAAGAAGCCCAAGAUCCCGCGCAUGGCGGCGGCCGAGGAGCGCGGCGCGACCGAACGGCGGCCGUCCAGCCUGGGCGGCGACACGCAGUCAUCCAGCGAGAGCACGCUCUCGGCCUACGGCAGCGAGUGGUACCUGUCGCGCGAGCACCUGGACCUGCUCUGCUCGGAGCUGACGACGCUGAGGCUGCGCCGGCAGCUGACGCCGCCCGGCGACCUGGCCAUGACACCGCCGUCCAGCCCGGCCGGCUGCCUGCGCCGCUCCCGCAGCGACCCCAGCCAGCGUGGCCAGCUGGACCAGCGCCAGUGCACCAGCUGCCCGUCCUCGCUCGAGUUCCGCGAGUGUCCAGUGAACGUGUCGCAGCCGCCGCAGCGGCCGUGGCUGCCGCUCGGUCGGCCCUCCAGCACCCACAGUACCUGCAUCUUCACCGUCAUGUGCUACAACGUGCUGUGCGAGAAGUAUGCCACGCGCCAGAUGUACGGUUACUGCCCCAACUGGGCGCUGGAGUGGGAGUACCGGAAGAAGAACAUCAUGCAGGAGAUACGCAACUACUCCGCCGACAUCAUCACGCUGCAGGAGGUGCAGACGGACCAGUUCUACAAUUUCUUCCUGCCGAUGCUGCAGCGAGACAAGUACGAAGGCAUCUUCUCGCCCAAGUCGCGGGCCAAGACCAUGGCGGAGAGCGAGCGGAAAUACGUCGACGGAUGCGCCAUCUUCUGGCGAACGGAAAAGUUCAGCCUGGUGAAGGAGUACCUCAUCGAGUUCAACCAGCUGGCCAUGGCCAACGCCGAGGGCUCGGACGACAUGCUCAACCGAGUGAUGACCAAGGACAACAUCGGCCUGGCGGCCAUGCUGGAGACGCGCGAGGCGGCCUGGGAGAGCGGGGCGCCGGCCGAGCCCGGCCAGCAGAUGCAGCGGCUCAUGGUCUGCACGGCCCACAUCCACUGGGACCCGGAGUUCUGCGACGUCAAGCUCAUCCAGACCAUGAUGCUUAUGAGCGAGAUCCGGCAGAUCAUGGAGCAGGCCGGCCGCGAGGUGGCCAGCUUCCGGCCCGGCGGCGGCCACCGCUCGGCCUCCAACAACAUCCAGCUGCUGCUCUGCGGCGACCUCAACUCGCUGCCCGACUCCGGCGUGGUUGAGUUCCUGGUGAACGGCCGCAUACCUGCCAACCACCCGGACUUCAAGGAGCUCGGCUACAGAACAUGCCUGAAGAAGCUGUCCGUGUCCAACGAGCGCAGCGGCGAGUUCACCCACCCGUUCCGGCUUGCCAGCAGCUACUCGCCCGACAUUAUGCCAUACACCAACUACACGUACGACUUCAAAGGCAUCAUCGACUACAUCUUCUACUGCCGGGACACGAUGACGCCGCUGGGCAUCCUGGGCCCGCUGGACCCGGACUGGCUGCGCGACAACAAGGUGCAGGGCUGCCCGCACCCGCACGUGCCGUCAGACCACUUCUCGCUGCUGGUGGAGCUGGAGAUGUCUCCGGCGCGGUCGGACGCCGCCAACGGCAUCAUCGGUCACCGGUAGCCGGCAGUGCCACCUGGCCGCCGCUCCAAUCAACACAACUACCGCCGUCCGCCGAGAGAUGGCGCUGGUGGUGCCGCCCGCGCUCCACUGUUUUUUUACUAGCGUUCCAUUGGUGCUGGUGGAGGCCCGGUCGUGUCGGCGCGUGCGAGGACGUGUGGAAGAGUGGCCGGAAAAGCGAGAAGUGGUGUCCGUGUUCCGGCUCGCUCAAGCGUGCGAGUCGCGUGUGCGCGUGGGCGUCUGACCCGAGCGCGUCCAAUGUGCUGGUGUGAAGAGGGUGCGCGCCGUCGCCCUCCCCCUUUGUCUGCCUGUCUUUGCCGACCGUGUUGCCCAGUGUUAGUGGCGCCACCGUCCGCGCGCGGCGGCAGUUGUAGUUCCGCCGCCGGCCGCCCUGCGCCCCGAGCGCUGUCGUCGCCAGUCCCGUCUACUUAGGACGUCCAGUACAAAAGUGCGGUUGCGGCGUCUCCUGUCAAAAUUGGCCGGUGCCGCGUGCUCGGCCCCGCCCCGUCUGGUUGUCUUUCAGCGCCGGCCGGCGUGGCGACAGCGGCGGCCGCCGCCGCCUGCCCGCCUCCCCCACCCACCCACCCACCCGGCCGGCGGUGGCCAGACCGCGAGGGCGGCCGGGGCGCCAGCGAGCGGGCGCGGGCGCGUGCGAGUGUCUGUGUAUUUUUAGAUCUCACGUAUAGAUGUGACGGCUGAGCGGCGGUGCGCGCCACCCACCGUUGUCUGUUGGAGGCGGCUCGCCGGCCGGUGGCGCUGGCUGGCCCGGUCCGGCCGGGCCCGGGCGCCCCUGUGAUUGGCCCGAUAUUUUUGAUCUAUUUUACCUGUACUCUUGGUUGGCGCGGCGGGCGAGCGGUCGUCGGCCGCGCGUUUUGAGCGCCGUUUUAUCCCUGCCCAUCAUGUCGCGAGCGAGCGGGCGGCCAGCGCGUGCGUGCGUGUGCGUGAGCGUGUACAUAUUUUAUUCCACUGAGCUGUGCGCGCGCGCGCGGUCGCGGCGGCGGGCUGCCGCGCGCGCCCAGUACAAACUCGGUACAACGCAGGGCGGUCGGGUGCCAGCCGGGCCGGGGUCGCGGGGCCCCUCUGGCGCUAUGUGUACAUAUAAUACAAACUUCACUGAAUGAC